AUACGAGAUCUGUCCCCGACUCGUCAGUCUGCACGGGACGUCAACGGGACGAUGCCGUUGCCUUUCAAUAAAACUCUGGAUGUGAAAUUAUUGAAACUAGUUAAGGAUAAUCCUAUGAUAUACAAUGAAAAGCAUCCGAAAUAUAUGGAUUAUGACGCAAGGGAGGUGGUUUGGCAGAAAAUUGGAGACGAGCUGAACAGGCCUGGUCAAAUUUGCAAAUCCCGUUGGAUAAACAUGCGUGACAUGAUGAGGAAGAAAUUGAAAGACCGCAUCAACCACAAGAAUUUACGGCGGCAUCUGUACAAAUACGAGGAGGAACUAUCUUUUAUGCUCCCCUUUUUUAGGGACAUAGGGACUCCCUCUGGAGAGGACUACACUGAAUAUCUGGAGGAAGAAGCAGAAAUAGAACUACCAAACGCAGAAUUUGUUAGUGAAUACGUAGAAGACAGUAAAGAGAGGGUAAUGAUUGGAAAUAAAACAAUGAAAAGUAAUUUCGAAAGUUUAAGUCAAGACUUGAACCAGGCUGAUCCCUUAGACGUAUUUUUGAUCACAAUUGGGUCGACUCUGAGGAAAUUUACUCCGUAUUAUUUGAAUCAGGCGAAGAGUAAGAUAUUUCAAGUGGUGCAGGAUUAUGAGUUGCAACAAAUAGUCGAUAAAGAUGAGGGUGUUAGCGAUUCUAAUAGGUGAAUGAGAGACUUCUACAUUGAGGAAUGCACGCUUAGAAUUGUGAUUUUGUAAAUUGAUAAUGGUUGAAGCCAUGUGCUUAUACGGGGCCAAUCAAAUUUUCAAAGCAAGGAAUGAUUUGUAUUUUUUAUUUGUGAUGAGAAAAUACAAGAUUAAUAAACCCAAUUAUUCAAUUCCCACUGAAGCUAAGGAUAUGACAAAGUUUUUAGAAUAAAUUCAUUUAUUAUAUUAUAUAUAUUAAUAGACACCUAUCUGUUCCCCAAAACGUCACUCGUGGUGUCUAUAUCGUUUUGACGUGAGUGUGUUCAAUAAAAUACAAAAACAAAAUGGCCGCUCUCUGCUAUUACAUACUUUGUAAGAAAAUAUGAAGAUAAGCUUUUUCUUUAUUAAUUAUACAA